CAACUGGCGAGACUGGGAAGGGGACGAGGAGGUGGAGAGGGCCAUGGUGGAGCAGUAUGCAGAGCUCCUGGAGAAGGUGACGGACAAAGGUCCCCCUCCGGCCAUGGACGACCUGGAUGACGACCUCUGAAGCCCAGGCCCCCGGGGACGCCGCGGCCGCGGGAGGCUUCCCGGUGCGCCGGCAGCACGCGCCGACGAGCAGCGCGGGCAGGGCUCUCCAAGGAAGCGGAGCCGCCCCGGCCGGUUCCCCGCCGAGCGCAGCGGACCCCGACCCAGGGCGGCGGGAGCCGACCGGUCUCCCCGUGCCGGUUACCCGCGGGGGGCACAGGGCAAUAAACGUGAGCUGCCGCCGCCGUCUGCUGUCCGCUCGGGCCGCCGCCGCCGCGUCCUACCCCGCCGCCGGCACCGGCAGCGCGCGCCGCGCGUCACCCUGCAGGCCCCGCCCACCUGCGGCACGGCGGCCGCCAGCCACGUGUCCCUGCUCGGCCGCCGUCGCCGCCAGGCCCCGUGUCCCUCCCCGGCCGCCGUCAGCCCCGUGUCCCGGCCGCCGCUCCGCUGCCGCCAUGGUGUUCCAGUGCCAGCGGGACAGCUGGGCCCGGCAGUUCGCCACCAGGGUGGUGUCGUGCCGGGCGGCGGAGCUGCGGCCCGAAGGCGGCGGGGAGCCGGUGCGCGGGUUCCAGGUGGUGCUGGAGGACACCAUCCUCUUCCCCGAGGGCGGCGGGCAGCCGGACGACCGCGGCCUCAUCGGCGAUGUGCCGGUGCUGCGCGUCACCCGGCGGGGCCCCGAGGCCGUCCACUUCGUGCAGGAGGCGCUGGAACCGGGCGCCGAGGUGCUGCUGUCGCUGGACUGGGACCGCCGCUUCGACCACAUGCAGCAGCAUUCAGGACAACAUCUCAUCACUGCCAUCGCAGAACAUAUGUUUGGAUUCAAGACAACUUCAUGGGAGCUGGGCCGUCAGCGAAGUGUCAUUGAGCUGGACACCCCCUCGAUGACAGCAGAGCAAAUAGAGGCCCUGGAGAGGAGUGUGAAUGAGAAAAUCCGGGAGAGGGUACCUGUGGUGGUGAGGGAACUGGCUGCAGAUGACCCUGAAAUUGAAAGAGUGAGAAGCCGUGGUUUGCCAGAUGACCACGCGGGGCCAGUGCGAGUUGUUGACAUCGAAGGCAUAGACUCCAACAUGUGCUGUGGGACGCAUGUGUCCAACCUGAGUGACUUGCAGGUUAUUAAACUCCUUGGCACAGAAAAAGGGAAAAAGAACAAAACCAACUUGGUUUUCCUGGCAGGAAACAGAGUGCUGAAGUCAAUCGAACAAAGUCACAGUACUGAGAAGGCUCUAACGUCACUGCUCAAAAAUGGACCAGGUGAGCACAUAGAGGCUGUGAAGAGACUGCAGAGUUCUGUGAAACUGCUUCAGAAGAAUAACUUGAACCUGCUUAGAGACAUUGCUGUUUUGAUAGCCCGGGACUUCAAGAGCAAACCUGUUCAAAGUCAGCUGUUCGUGUUACACAGGAAAGAGGGUGACUCUGAAUUUAUGAAUAUCAUCGCUAAUGAGAUUGGAUCAGAGGAAACCCUGCUGUUCCUGACUGUGGGAGAUGAAAAAGAAGCAGGACUGUUUCUUCUAGCUGGACCUGUUGAAGCAGUUGAGAAUUUAGGUCCCAGGGUGGCAGAGCUGCUGGGAGGCAAAGGAGCUGGGAAGCGAGGCCGCUUUCAGGGCAAGGCAACCAAGAUGAGUCAGCGAGGAGAAGUGCAAGCUCUGCUCCAGGAAUUCAUCAGCCGUCGAAGCCCUGAAGCAUAAGAAACAAUGCUCAAAGUAGGGUUGUCUUCCCUGCUUUGCAUAAGCUCCACUAACUUCUCUUCCAGAGAAUAAAGACAUAAAAACAA